AUGACCUCCCAGCGAUGGAUGCUGGCAUUCUGCUUUUCACUGGCCUCAGACACUUGCAGGACAUUUGGCAGCGGGGUCGUCCAGCCCUUCAACGGUUCAAGUUUCUAUGUUCGGUCCAACUGCCCGUUCACCCUCACCCGCUUCACACACAACCGGGUGGAAUGUGAUAUCACCUUACGGCGAGGUGACAACGGGCUGCUGGACCAAGUCGAGAUCAUCAUCAACAAAGUGAAGACCGUUGUGCAGAGUGGAAGCAUCAUGGUGGAGAAGAAAAGUGUUUCCCUUCCAUAUGACCACACCUACCAGCAUAUCUUUCAGUACGGCAUCUACACCAGACUGAGGAGCUCGCUGCUUCCACUGUCUGUCACCUGGCACAGUGUCCCCGGGGGAAUAGACACUAUGUGGGUGGAGGUGGAGCAGGAGCUGAGCACUGGCAUGACUGGACUGUGUGGAAAACACAAUGUCACAGACAACAAGCAGCAGCUGAUUCAGGAGAGCGUGCUCGCCAAGGACACAUGUCAAAUCCGAGAUCCUGUUUCUGCUGUGAAUACAGAAUGCAGAAUGUUCUUUUCCCACACUUUGGAUUGUCUGCAAGCCAUGACGCCUCAUUAUAUCCAACUCUGUGAAGAGAACAUUUACAGCUAUGAAAUGAGCAAAGACAUCAGCUGUGCUUUCUUCAAAGAAGUUGCCCAACAUUGUGGGAACAACAGCUAUGUCUGGAUGAUGUGGAGAGAUACAACCAAAUGUGUGAAGCCAAGUUGUCCAGGAGACCUGGUUUAUGUAGAACAGGGCGCAGCCUUUGCUCCCAGCUGCUCCAGCCAAAACCUCACAUUCUCCAACCAGGAACUCACUAGCUCCUGUGUCUGCCCAAAGAGUACGGUGCUUAAUGAUCAUGCGGAUGGCUUCCACUGUGUGAGUGUGUCCAGCUGCUCCUGUGUAUUUGCUGGCCAGACCUACUCAACCGGAGACAUGCGCAGCACCAAAUGUCAGUCAUGUGUGUGUGACAGUGGGAAAUGGCGAUGCUCUGAAAACUCCUGCCCACCCACAUGUCUCAUUGAAGGGCAGUUUGUAACAACAUUUGACGGCAAACAAUAUGCCGUCCCUGCCAAAUGCACAUAUUUGGCUUCUCUGGGUCUCAACUGGAUGAUAAUAAUCAAGUUUUCUGCAGAGGCACCCUUCCUGGAAAAAGUUUAUCUUGUACUUUUUCAGGAAAUAUAUGUAUUCACAGACAACAAGGUGAUGUUCCAUGGGGGGGAGAUCACUCAACUUCAUGAGUCUGAACAUGCUUUGGUUUUCUGGCAGUCCUCCAUGUACGUCCACGUCCACACAUCCUUUGGUAUGAAGAUGGAGGUCCAGAUGUUUCCUGAAAUCCAGCUGUACCUCAACCCACCCACAAACCACUCAGGCUCGAUUUUGGGUCUUUGUGGCAACAACAACAAUGACACUACAGACGACUACACCACCAGCAGCGGGAUCAUCGAGAACUCAGCUCAGCCUUUUGCUCAGUCCUGGAGUUCGGUUGCUUGUACAGGGAACAUGCCCAUCUGCAUUAACACUGACAAUGAAAUAUUUGCUGAUGAAAAGUGCUCCGUGUUGAACGAUCCAACUGGGAUAUUUGCUAAGUGCCACGAUCAUAUCCCAAGCGAUCACUACCACAUGGCUUGCAUCCUAAAAACGUGUAACUGUGGCAGCAGUCUGCAGCAGUGCCUGUGUGUUGCUCUGGGCAACUAUGCCAAAGCCUGUGCCAGUCUGGGUGUUGUAAUUGGUAACUGGAGGGCAGCCACCAACUGCACUUUGACAUGCCAGAAGAACCUUGAAUUCUCCUACAACAUGCAAGCCUGCAACCACACAUGCCGCUCCCUGUCUGGUCCUGACCCUCGAUGCGGGCUGGAUGAUGCUCCUGUGGAGGGCUGUGGCUGUCCAGAGGGAACUCACCUGAACCAAGGACACACCUGUACCCCAAAAGCAGAGUGCCCUUGCCACUAUUAUGGUGGUACAACGCCCCCGGGUACUGUUGUUAUUGACGGACAAAAGUGCAUCUGUGAGAAUGGAGAGCUGCAGUGUUCUGCUGAUUGUGGAUGCAGAAAUGGGAAGGUUUGUGUUCACUGCUUGAAGGACCCUGUUAGCACAUCUCAGAAAACUUGUGACAACCUCAGCAAACCAAGGAGUGUCAAUAUGACAUGCCAGAGUGGCUGUUACUGCCCACCUGACCAGUAUGAGGAUCACCAUGGCAACUGUGUUUCUCUGGACAACUGCACCUGUGUGUACAGCGGCAAAGUGUUCAGUGCAGGACAGCACGUCAAAACCAACUGUAAAACAUGUAUCUGUGGUCAUGGUCGGUGGCACUGCAGAGACGAGCCCUGCCCCGGGAAGUGUCAAGUUUACGGAAACGGACACUACCAGACCUUUGACUCCAAGUGGUACCGCUUUGAUGGACAGUGUCAGUACACUCUUGUAGAGGAUGACUGUGGAAAGGGAAACGGCACCUUCUCUGUGAGAGUGGAGAGUGUGCCCUGCUGUGAUGAGGCGCUCACNUCUACUGACUGCACUAUUAAACCGUCUCUCCCGCAGAACCGUGUGUGCGGCCUCUGUGGUAAUUUUGACUCCAAUGAGAUGAAUGACCUUCAGAUAAGUGGCUCAGCAGUGAUGUCCACUCCCCUGGCAUUUGGCAACAGCUGGAAAGCCUCCACACCUCCUUGCUCUGAUGUGACCACUGAGGUAUUUCCAUGCGAACGCAACUCCUACUGCUCAGCCUGGGCCCAGCGGCGCUGUAGGAUUAUCACAGGAGACAUAUUCAAUGAGUGCCACUUAAAGGUGGAUCCAGAUCCCUACUAUCAGGUCUGUGUGCAGGAGUCCUGCUCCUGUUAGUUUGAAGGGAAGUUCCUGGGCUUCUGCACAGCUGUUGCAGCCUAUGCAGAGGCCUGCAGCGACAAGGAUGUGUGUGUAAAAUGGAGAACACCUGAUUUGUGUCCGGUCUACUGUGACUACUACAAUGAGCAAGGCCAGUGUAGCUGGCACUAUGAAGCCUGUGGUGAGAUGCUAACCUGCGGCAAAGACACCAGCACUCACAAGCUGGAAGGUUGCUAUCCCAGAUGUUCAGAGGAGACGCCGUACUAUGAUGAAAAUACUGGUGAAUGCACCAAAUUGAAAAACUGCACUUGUUAUUUUAAUGACACUGUCAUUCAGCCUGGAGCAGUGGUGAUGAUACAGUCUAUUAAGUGCUUCAGUACCUUCAACCACCACUCCAACAUCAAGCACUCCCACCACAACUGCCUCAACUACCACUGAAACGUGCUUUACAACACCACUACACCACCAACUACUGAAACUGUGCUUUACACUACCACUACACCAGCCACAACUACAACUGCCUCAACAUCUACCACUAAACUGACAACCACUGAGGAAUCAGGCACCACAAUGACAUACCACACUUACCCCACAGAAGUCACCGGCACAACAGAGACUGCAUCUACAGAUUACAUUUAUUGUAAGUGUACAGACCGUAAGAAGAAACAAAGCUGGGACUGCGGUGAGACGUGGAUGGAGGACUGCUUCCAUAAGAACUGUAUAGGGGGCAAGAUAGAGUUGACUCCAGUGGCUUGUCCAGAGACUACGGUUACCAAUUGCCCCAGAAACCAGCGCACAAAAGUCUCAGAUGGAUGCUGUGGAAGAUGGGAGUGUGACUGUCGCUGUGAUCUGUAUGGGGACCCCCACUAGAUCUCUUUCCAAGGUGCAACCUUUGAUUUCCUUGAUGAUUGCACCUACAUCCUGGUGGAGGAGAGGGCUCCACGUCAUCAUCUGAAAAUUGCUGUGGACAAUUUUUACUGUGUGCCGGGCCUUGAAGGCUCCUGUGCUAAAGGCAUCAUCCUGAAAUAUCAGGACAGUAUAGCUACGCUCAGUGUCAUUCCAAAUUCCCCGUUUUCAAUACAGGCCACUCUGAACAAUGUGACCAUUGAGCCGCCAUAUGAGGAACAUGGGUGGAGAUUCGAGACCACGGGGUACAUAGUGUCAAUCUACCUCCCGGAGAUCCGCUCUUAUGUCUCCCUAAGUCCGUCUUAUACCCUGGUGGUCAGUCUGGCUAUGGAGCACUUCCACAGCAACACCCAGGGACAAUGUGGUGUAUGUGGUGUUGGGUCAUGUAUCCGUAAAGGAGGGCAGAUGGAGGAUGACAGCUGCUGUGAUAAGACAGCCUAUGACUGGGUGUAUGCCGACCCACUGAAGCCUGCCUGUGCUUCUGCACCAAGGGACGUACCUUGUUACUCACCCACACCCCCUAGCACACCCACUUACACCCCUUGCCCUGCGAGUGCACUAUGCGAGCUGCUACACCACCCAGUCUUUGCAAAGUGCAACGUGAAUCUGGAAAUGACGAAGAGGAGCUGUGAGUUUGAUUCAUGCAGGAAUGGUCCUUGCUCCUCACUAGAGCAAGCUGCUGAGGAAUGCAUGAAGGCUGGUGUCUGUAUUGACUGGAGAGGACUGACCAAUGGACACUGUACUGUGACAUGUCCAGAAGGAUUGGUUUACAGAGAAUGUCAUGACAAGGUGGAUGAGUUCUGCUGUGGAGGAAUACCUCAUCAAGGUGCCUCGCUGGAGAACCGCAGGCCAGGCUGUUAUUGUCCCAGCGGCCACUACAGGGCAGGAAAUCACUCACACAUCUGUGUGUCUGACUGUUCCUAUUGUAUAGGACCACGUGGUGAGCCCAGACUGCCUGGUGAGGUGUGGCAGUCUGGCUGUGACCUGUGUACAUGUAACAACCAGACUCGCACAGAGGUGUGUGUUCCAAAACCUCCUAAUCCAGCGCCUCUCUGUGGCCCCAGUGCUGUUCUGGUAAACACUUCCUGCUGUGGUGAUCAGAUUUGUGUUGAGAAGACAUGCAGUUAUCAUAACAAAACAUACAGGGUGGGAGACAGAUGGAAGGAUGCCGCCCAUCCCUGCAUGACAUAUACCUGCAGCAAAGAGGGUAUUCAGACUGAGACUAGAGUCUGUCCCACACAAGACUGUCCAGAGGAGGACAGAAUUUGGGACGACCAACAUUGCUGCUUUUCAUGUAACCAGAGCUGUGCACCAAGGCUAACCGGUAUCAAGUUUACCAUAGAGAACUGUACCACAGUCAUGCAGAUGCCUGUGUGUGAGGGUCAAUGUGUGUCUCAGCCCAGGGUGGUGUUACACGGUGACCUGCAGGUGGAGCAGAAGAGCAGAUGCUGUGUAGAGCAGAGCUCAGAGAGGAGACCAGUGACCCUGCAGUGCUUUGACCUCACCACCAGACACUACUUCUACAAGCAUAUCACCAGCUGUCACUGUCAUUAAUUACUAUUAUUACUAUAAUUACAUUGUCAAAGAUUACUUGAUUCUAUAUUUGAUAGUAUCUUUAUAAAAUGGCAACUUUAAAAUGAUGAAACUUUUUUCCUUGAUAAUCAGUCCUCUAUACAGCCUUCAAUUAAAAACAGCAGAAACAAACAUGCACACAAAAGAAACAGCACCCACGUGUUGCAGAAUACAUGAGGUACACCUGUAGUUUGCGACAGUUCUGUUUCUGUAAGAGUAAUUUGAUUUGACAGCACAGACUGGAGCCAAAAUUAAAUAAUUUUGAAUGUAUCCUUUCCAAAUCCUUAUUUAAAGUAAAUAUGUAAUCUCCUUUCUAUCAAAUAAACUGAGUCAUUUAGUAAUCACCAAA